AGGGGAGACGCUUUCCACCGUCAGCGCCGGAGCAGAGCAGGGGAGCCCUGGCAACAAGGAGAGACACAAACUCAGCAGCCCGUUACACCCUACAGGAAUGGUGACAACACCUGCAGACAGACAGACGUGGGCAGACGGCACAGGCACCUGGGACGUUUCCUUCCCACUGCUGAAGAGAUCCAGACCUCACCACAUAAACUGCAGCUCCAGCUGGUCAUUAGCUCUCAACUGAACAGCAGGCUCCACCUACUCCGCCCAAGUAGCUCUGCCACCUCUGCUCAGGGAGUGCUGAGUCCCUGAGUCAACACACUGCAUUCUGGGAUAGUCUGGAACCCUCUCCAUGGGCUGUACCACCUGCUGACAAACCAGGGGGGUCUGGAGGAGUGGUGUUGAAUGAGGAUUGUGCUGUGUGUGGGCAGGCUUGCUUUUGCAGGGAAAUGAUUCCGCAUGAAGUGCGACGCACUCUGCCCCCUGUCGUCCUUGGCGGCAGCUGCAGGUGUGACGUCGUUACACUCUCCCCAACCACACUGAGCACACCCUUCAGCCGCUAAAGACCCCUGGACCGAAAAGACCGUCCUACCCCUCCACUCUAACCACCCCUCCAUAUCUUCAUUCCCAUCUUUAAUCCUUCCUCACCUGCUUGAUAGGGCCUGGAUUAUCUUUGUUAUUGUAGAAAACCUGAUAACCAACGGCCUUGGGUGAACUGGAUAGAGAGGGAAAGAGAGACAAGAUUGGGAAGGUUGAAUCAUAGCUAAUACAAAUAAGACAAAGGACAGAACAUCAAUAGCGAGAAAAGGACAGACGAAAGUGAAAUAGAAAGUCAACGAAAGAGGGAUCAAGAAAGAAAGAAAAAGCAAUAAAAGUAAAAAAAAUUAAGGAAAGAUAACGCAAGUACUGUUGAGGGACGUGAGGCGAAAUCAGCAUGAAGUCCAACCAGGAACGCAGUAAUGAAUGUCUGCCCCCAAAGAAGAGGGAGAUCCCUGCAAGCACAUUACCAUCUGAAAAUCGCUCACCUGUUAUACCACCUGCCAGCGAUAGCCAACGCACAGAGAACAUGGCCUGGCUGGCUAGUGUGGCUGGUGGGAAUGAGAGGAGCAUGAGUGGGCACUGUAGCUCCAGUCAGUCUGAUGGGCCCCAGUAUAAAUCCCUCUCCUCCACAUCAGACUCCUUAUCCUCCUCUUCCUCACUAAGGCUAGUCUCAUCUCUCCCCACAGUGUAUACAUCCCCCCUGUCACAGUCCACAGUUGGAGGAACUGUCCAUUACACCCAACUGCCUCCCAAUCUGCAGUUUAUAGCCUCACCCUACACUGCCCCAUACACAGGCUAUGUCUCUCCUCAUCUGCUUCCACCUCCUCCUCCACCACCCCCCCUCUCCUCCUCCUCAUCUCUGGCCACACAGAGAUCCUCACACAUAGAGACAGCCUCUGCUCUUACGCAGACCUCCAAACAUGACCAGCAGCGAGCAUCCAUUGGGCGUACAUCCAUGCCACCGCCUUCUACAGACCCUGCCCCUCACUAUGUUCAGAUGUCAACCUCUCCACGGACUGUGCCGUCGCUUCAUCACCAAGGAGGUGCUCACCUUCCACCCCCGUCACUGCACCCCCAUCAUACUUUAGGGCAUGGUAUGUCCCAAGUUGUGGUGCAAUAUACAGACGGACACACCAGAAAAGAGGACGGUGGCUCCAGACCCAGAGAGCUUCACAAUGGAGGCCUGGAAAGGGGCCGGCGAUAUGGUGCAUCCCCUGAGUCCAGCCUCUCUAAACCUGGGAGCAAAUCACGGGAUGCCACCUCUUCUUUGUCCUCAUCAGCGUAUGAGGCCCGCCAUCUGGUUCUGCCAUCCGACUACUGUACUCAUGAUCCCUCAGGGCUGAGAACCUCUGUCAUGCUAAUGCCUAACAGCCACAGGGACCACCAGCUGGUACCACCCAGAGCCAGCCCUGAGAAGUUGACAACCUCGGCCACCGCACACCUGGAGAAAGGUGGAAUCAUCUUGGGCAAGCCUGUCAAUCGCACCCCCUCCUCCUCCAACACCACCUCCUCUUUCACUUUUCCACCCCCAUUAAGUGUUGACAGCCUGAAAGCUGCUGUUAGUUCACUGUCACCUCAGACCGUAAUCCAGACCACCCACAACUCUACAGAGCCAUUGUCAAUGGGGCUGCCUUCCACCAGUAUCUACCCCCAGCCACCUAUCAUUGGUUAUAUUGCAGGUGGCAGCGGGAGCCAGCAUACGCCAAUCAGCUACCACACCAGCCUACAACAACACUUACUCAUUCCUGGCGCCCAACAGGUCAUUAUCCCUGUUAGCGGAGGUGGAGUCACCACAUUGGAACCUGUAACCUCCCAUGUGACAUCAUCCUCCCAAGCUGCACCAUUUCCUACCACACUCCCACACACAUACAUUGCUGCCCCAGUCCCCAAAGGAGAAACUCUGGAAACUCCCAGCGGCACGUAUCACCAGGCCGCUUCAGGUGCAGUGGUCCAAGCCCAGCUUCAUCUCCCCAUUGUUCCCGCUCCACCAGGGCUGGUCGCCCCUUCUGUGCCUCCUCCCCCGUCCAGUACGGUGGCUCCCCCAGCACUCCCCCCAUAUUUCAUCAAGGGCUCCAUCAUCCAGCUGGCCGAUGGGGAACUGAAACGUGUGGAGGACCUGAAGACUGAGGACUUCAUCCAGAGUGCAGAGAUCAGCAGUGAGCUGAAGAUCGACUCAUCCACAGUGGAGCGCAUUGAAGGGAGCCACACCUCACCCAAUUUUGCUGUGGUUCAAUUCUCUGUUGGUGAGCACCGUGCACAGGUGAGUGUGGAGGUCUUGGUGGAGUACCCCUUCUUCGUCUUUGGCCAAGGCUGGUCUUCAUGCUGUCCAGACCGGACCACCCAGCUCCUGGAGCUGCCUUGCACCAAGCUUUCUGUGGGCGAUGUUUGUAUUUCACUCACCCUCAAGAACCUGAAGAAUGGAUCUCUGAAGAAGACUCAGCCCCUGGAGCUGACCAACCCUGCCUCUGUCCCAGCCUCCAGCCACGGCCACCUCAAACCCCCCAGAGCUGUCAUAGACACUCCUCAGAGCUGCAGUGGAGGAGGCUCCAGGCAUGGGGAGCGGGAGAAUGGUAUCAGCCAACGGGGGAGUGGCGGAAGUGGGAAUGGGAGUGUACGGGGAGCUAAUGUGGAAAAUGGGGAUGUCAUGUUUGGGGAAAGAGGGUCAGUUUCUAAGAGUCAGGUUGCCACCAAUGCAGAAGCUGGCUCCAGUAAGCCAUCAGGAGGCAGAAAGAGGAGGUGGUCAGCCCCUGAAGGUCGAAAAGUAGAAAAAUCAGAGGAGGAGCCACCUUUGACCCUGCCCAAACCUUCCUUCAUCCCUCACGAGGUGAAAGUCAGCAUCGAGGGAAGGUCGAAUAUUGGCAAAUGAAGGCUUGCAGGACUGUUAAUAACCCUUGGGAUUUGGAAAAGAAAAAACAUAAAAGGACUCUACAAAAAAAAAAAAAAAAGAAUGCCCACAUUAAUGUUUCAUUUGUCUUGGUUUUAAAGUUUUGUUUUCUGUUUUUGUUUUCUAUCUUGAAUACUGUACUGUAGAGGUAAAUUUACCCUACAUGUUAUCACCUUACAUUAAGUCCAUGUAGUUUAUAACACAUUUUUAUAGAUGGAUUUGAUAUCACACAAGCAAUCAGUGCCGUUUUGAUGGUUUUCAUGAUAAGACUUUUGGUGAGGGAUUUGUGAAGCGUGCUAAAUGUUUAUCGGUGGCUGUGUGGCACACAGGAGCAACGCUUGAUGGCUCUACUCAGCUGGCUGCACAUUACACAUUAUGUAAAUUUCCGAAUUGAAUUAGCUCACAGUUGGCUUCCUGACAGCGAGUUCACUCCCUGUGCACUGUGAGUGAGGCUGCCUGGAUGGAAAGACUUUCCCACCACCUCUGGCAGCGCCUGCGGUUUUACAUUGGGCCACAGGGGUGAUAUAAUGUCAGCUGAUCCUGAGCAUGAAGGAUUUGUUGGUAAAUCAUGCAAUUUUCCAUUUACUAAAUCUCCAAGUCUUUAGUGUAAAUGUACCAGACUGGAUUUGUAAUGUUAUCAAGUAGUGCCAGUGUGCCACACAAAAGAGAGGGAACAACACUUAUUCUGUUCAGUUCGAUGUGAGAAAAGUCUUUACUUUCAUCUUUAGCAUUUUAUUUCAUUUUAAUAUGUUUUUCUUAAACCCCUUGUCUUCUAUCUCACCAGAUAGUUGUUUUUAAUGAUUGUCAAAAACCUUAAUCAGGGGUCAUUUAGUCCUAGAUUGAACCUAGGUGGGUCAAUGUUAAUGUGAGAUACCCUAACCUAACACAUACAAGUGCAAACACGCUGGGUUGGCGAACUUCACUUUUAGAAAAUAGUAAGAGGAAGACUGCAUACGAUCCUCGUUGUUUUUCGAUGAAUUACUUUAUAUUUUUGUAUCCAGAAAGGCUGCGUGAGAGGAACCGAGAUAAUCUGCAUGUCCGUUCUGAGAGGGUCAGGAUGUUUCAAAGCACUUCACACACCUGUCACACUCACCAUACAGCCGAUAAAUAUUUGUUGUCUCUUUAUUUACGCAGUACUGUAUGUUUUUAGAUUUAAUUUUUUUUUUUUUUUGUUGACAAGGGUAAAAAAAAAAAGUAGCAACAGCACUUUGGAAAGGAGAAGUGAAGAUGUGGUUUUGGUAAUGUGGGAGUGGAUGUGCCAUGAGGUCACCAAGAAAGGGAUGAAUGUGACGGGUAUUGGAGAAAAUUCCAGUGUGUAGAUGGUUAGAGAAAAUUUUUCACGGUGACAAAAGGAAUAAGAAAUAUGAUGGUUUUUAGCAUGUGCGUUUGUACAGUCGGUCAGCCAUGCAAAUGUGAGGGAAAAGUAUUGGAAUGUGUUUUGAUCCCAGCAAUGUUCUGUGCUAGAUGGAGAGCAACGAUCAGAAGCUCAUGCCACAGAAUGUUUGAAGGGUGUUGAAUAUUUGUAAUGUGUGUGUGUGUAUAUGCUAGAGUGUGCAUGAUGCUGGUCUGUGUCUGUCCAUACACACACACAUGCUUACACAAACACAAAACAGUACAGACCAUCCCUGAAACACAAUGACUUAUGAUAUGUACUGUAUAGGUUGAGAAGCAUUUUGAUGAAAGGAGGUGCUUAUAUUUUUUUGGUGCAUAUUGUCCCUACUGCAAAGACACUAGUGGACUGACAUUGGAUUUAUGCACACUGGUAACAGUACAGUUGUACAGUGCUCUGUGGUGUGUUUGUGUAUGUGAAUGCGUUUGUGUAUGAGUGUGUGUAUACUGUGUAUAGGAAAAAGGAUAUACUCAUUUGAUAUAUAGACGAUGCUAAAUGUCCAGUGUUUCUACUUGGAGUCUUUACUUAAGAGAAUCUUGCAAUUUGCACAUCAGGAAGAAGGAGUUAGGUGGAGACAUGAGUUUUAACGGCCCUGUCCUGAAACGAGCCCUAGACCACGUGACACACUGGAGGAGACCAGGGUUUUUGUUCCUCAACAGGCACCUGUCAUAUUGUAGAAGAACAGGUCAAAUUACAUUCAAAGUUUUUUACCAACACAAGCAUAGCUGUAAACCAGAAUUUUAACACGUGCCUGCCUACUGAAUUUAAUUACAGAUUUGUAGUGUAUCUCAAGGUGAAUACUGACUUUUUUUGUCCACUUUCCCUGCUAUUCAAACCGGGGUGUCCAGGGUGUAGGGGCUUGGGUUCAGUUCUGAACACGGCCUGUGCGUUCAGCCAGCUGAAACCCUAUUUCACUAAGAUGUAGCAGUUACCUCAACAGAUGUGCUUGCUUGGUUGGACCAACAUUUAGAGCUCUGUAAGCGACUGGGUCAGACUAAUUGAACAUCCUCAUAGGCUCUCUCUCUCUCUCUCUCUCUCUCUCUCUCUCUCUCUCUCUCUCUCUCUCUCUCUCUCUCUCUCUCUCUCUCUCUCUCUCUCUCUCUCUCUCUCUCUCUCUCUCUCCUACAUAAGAAAGUCCUGCUCUUUUUCUGAGCUUGGUUUCUGAGGUGUAGCGUGAAGUGUCUACUAGCUGAUGAUCCUUUGGCAAUCUGAUUACACUGCAUGUAAACAUGUCUUUUUGAAAGUAAAGAUGGCUUCCUACAUGCAUAUCUGUUGAGAUGUCUACACCGAUCAGUUAUAUUUCAUCCCACUGAUGAUAUAAAGCAGUAAUUUUGAAUUGUGUGGGGCAGCGCUGUUUCAGGUGGUGGUGAGUUUACCAGGGUGAUGGCAGGAUGGAUGUGUGCUCCGAUGGCUGAGGAAUGGAUGAAUAGGUGGUUGAAUAAAUGUGCAAACGGAUGGUGUAGGUGAGUGAAUGAGAAGACCCCCAUAUGAAAUUUGAAAAUGCUUUAUUUUUUUAAAAUAAUAAAACAGGGUUUCUCAGAUCAACACCACCACAGUAAUGCAUUUUCAUUUCUACCUUUUCCUAUUGAAACAUCAUGAUCAUUAGUAUGUUAUAGUAAUCUGUGUGUGUGUGUGUGUGUGUAUGUGUGUGUAUGUGUAUGUAUACGUACAUGUUUUGCAAUCUGUGCGUGGUUGCGUUUUUGUAAAUGUGCGUGCAUGUCUUUUUCUGCCCCCCCUAACCCUAACCCUAACCCCCA